GUUCCGUGUCAGACACGUAAAAGUCACACGAGUCACACGUCACAUGCUUACAAUACAAGAAAAUAGACAAAUAUACAAGAUUUCAGAAAAAUAUGGACUUUAAAAAGCUGCUUUUACAGUUUUAUUGCACUAAAUGAUAUUUAUAUUGAAGCAUGUCGUGGAUCAAUUUCAAUGACAGUUUGAAUUCCAUCAAGGGUCAUAUUUCCACAUUUGCAAAUAAUGUUUUGACAGAGGAUGAUGAAGCUCAGGAUACUCCCAGUGUCAACUACAAAAAGUUAUAUGAAGACCAAAAGCAAGAGAUAGAAUCCUUGAGAGCAGCUCUACAAAAACAGGAAAAUCAGGUUCAAAAUGAUGUGGUUCAAGAGGAUAGCUGGGAUUGGUCGGACGAUGCACCACCCACCACGAAUCAAAAUGAAACAAUUUCCAACCUGAAGGCCAAAAUCACAAAGUUGGAAAAACAUAAUAACGAUCUUUUGAAUCAGUUGGACGAGCUUGAUAAAGAACAUCAGCAAAACCUAGUUGGAGUUUUAGCCAUCAAAGAAAAAUUACUGAUCAAGGUGAAGACACUGGAAGACGAAGUAGUAUUAUUAAGAAACGAAAACGAACUUGUUAGAAAGAAUGAAGAAAAGUUUAAAAGAGAAGUAGAAGAAACGAAGAUGGUAGUUGAAUCAAUAAGGAAUUCCAGUAAUUAUUCAAGUCUGGUGCGUUUGGAAGGAGAUACUUCUGAAAAUGCAGUUGAAGACUAUAAGAAGGAGGCAGAAAAGUUGGAAGAAGAAGUUAAAGAACUGAGAAAAACAAUCGAUGCUUUGCAAAAUGCUGAUACAACAGACUGUAUAAGUAACAAGAAUGUACUUGAACAAAAUCAGAAACUGAAAAAAGCGUUAGACGACAAGAAACGGGAAGUGAGUGUUUUGAAUAGUUCAGAGGAAACGUUGAAGAACGUUGUCGAAAAAUAUAAAAAAGAUACAGAAAUACUCGAAAAGGAGAUCGAUACUCUAAAUAAAACAGUAAACUCAUUGAAAAAUAGCUCGGAUAAAAAAAGCAUCGUUCAGGAGAAUCAUAAACUUAAAAUGGACUUGGAAGAGGCUAAAAAACAGAUAAGCGUAUUAAAAAGCUCAGAAGAUACAUUGCAAAAGGUAGUGGAAAAAUUCAAACAAAAUAUCGGUGAAUCCGAAAAAUUCUUGGAAGAAAAACAAUUUUUGAUGAACGAGCUACAAAAAGCUAAACAGGAAAUUGAGAUGUAUGAGCAGAAAAGUCUUCAGGAUGAGAAACAUUGCGAAAAGCUAGCUUUUAUUUUGGAUUCGUAUGAAAAACAAGUUAGAUCUUUGAACGAUGAGCUAGAGGAACUUAAAAUUCAAAAACGUGAAAAUCCUGUCAUGGAUCGAGAUCUACAGCGAGAGUUAGAUAAUAUUGAAGAAGAUUGUAAAGACCAGAUGACAUCUUUACAACAAGAACUCGAUACUAUUGUUGUAAAAAAUGAAGAACUCGAUGAACUCAGGAAGAAGAUUGAUGAAUUAGAAGAACAAAUCAAGGAACUGACAGAUGAAAACAAUAAUGUGAAGACGGAUAUGGAUGAUUUACAGAAGAUGCAUGAAAGAGCUUUAUUGGAGCUGCACGACAAGUACAUCAAUGUUGUGACUGAAAAUAUCAAAAAGGUUCAAGAUACUGGUCUUGUCGAUUUGGGAUUCGAUUGCUCUGAAAAGGAUCCCCACAUCAACGCAUUCCAAAAGCAUAUUGAAAAUAUCGUCAACGUUUUAGUAGAUUUUAGAAGCAAAUGCGAGACUUUGGAGAAAGAAACGCUGAGUCUUACCGAAGAAAAAAAUCGGAUUUUAAGCGACAAGAACAGCGAAAUAGAAAAGUUGAUGAACAAUUCUGAGAUGCUCAGUCAAGAAGUCAUACAGAAAGGGAAGCUGAUAAAAGAUUACGAGAAUGAGAUAAGUGAGUUGUCGAAGAACAAUGAGUUGCUGAUAAAUGAGCUGGAAGUGUUGAAGAACAACAGGCUGCAGACGAUUUCAGAGUCUAAUGAAGAUAACGUGAUUUUGUUGGAGGCUCAAUUGGAAAAUGCUAACAGGAGGAUUGAAGAUCUAGAAAAGGUAAUAGAUGAUUUGGAAAAACACAAUAAGCAGGAGGCUCCCGAUGAAGAUACCGAAAUUGAGGUAAAUAAAUAUAAAGAGCUAUACCAGGAGAUGCUUAAUACAUUCGACCAAAUGCAGCUAGACCAUGAUACGUUGAAAGCUGAUUAUGAAAAUAUGAAACAGAACUUCGAAGUCGUUGAAAAAGAAAAUUCUGAUUUGAAAACCAAUUUAGAAAAACUGCGAAGUGAUUACGAGAAUGUUGAGUAUCAGCUCAGCGAAAUAAAGAUCAAUGGCCAAGAAGAGCUGGAACUAGCCAAACAGAAGAUCGAACUACUUUUGAGAGAUAACGAGAAUCUUGCUACACUAAAUAAAAGUCUUGUUAAGGACUCUGAAGAAAUGAAAUAUAAUGUAAUUGUGUUGAGAGAAAAGCUGUCUCAAGAACAAGACGGAAGAAAAAAUACAGAAAUGCAGGUAAAGCAGUUAACUGAAAAACUGCAAAAUUAUAAGAUGGAUGAAACAACAUUACGAUUGCAAUACGAUACAGUCUGUAAAGAGUUGCAGUCAAUGACCGAUGCUAAAAAUAACUUGGAAGCAAGUUUGAAUAAUGUCGGGAAGGAACUUGAAGUACUGAAGACCAGAUACGAGGAGCUAUUGACAGAAAGAGAAGCUUUAAGAGAUAAAGUUGAUGUCUCCGAGAAGCUUUUGGAAGAAGUCAAAAAAAGCAGUCAGUCUUCCGCCACCGAGACUGAAGAUAGCGUCAAAGUUGAAGAAUCAGCAACUAGCAAAGAAGAAGUGGGAGAUGUGGCGCAACUCAAAGCAACCAUCGACGCCUUAACAGAAGAUAGAGACAAAUUAAAAUCCACAUAUGAAGCCCAGCUGACUGAAAGUUUUGCGAGGUAUAACGAUUUGCAACUGCAGUUCCAGGAGUUGACCAAUGCUAGAAAUGAAUUAGUAAAUAUUGUUACUACUAAACACAAUGAAAGCGUAGCUUAUCACAACGAGAUACAGCGUUUGACUCAGAUAUUAAUACAGGAAACUGAUAAAUCCAGUAAACUCGAAGAACAACUGAAACAAUUUCAAAAUAAUACAGACGAAUCUGAGGUACAGAAACUCUCCGACCAAAACAACUUUUUGCGAGAAAAAUGCGAGGUGCUGGCUAAAAAUUUACUGGAUACCCAGAGUAAGGUGCAGCAGCUAGAAGCCCAGAAAAAUGAACCCAGUGAGAAAGAAAUAACAUUGCAGCGCAAUAUUGACAGACUACAAGCUCAUCUCAUUGAGAUGGAGGAGCAUUAUACGCAGGAAUUGUUACAAUCAGAACAUAAAGUGCAAGAGUUGACUAUGACAGUUAAGGAGUUAGAAGAACGAGAGAAAAAUUCCAGCAAUAUAUAUACGUCCGUUAGCAUACGAGCUAAUCAACAAGUAGAAUCUCUUCAGAGUCAGCUACAAAUGGUAGUGACAGAAAGAGAUAGCCUUAGAAAGCAAGUGUCCGAUGCUGAGGAUCAAAUUAGUAAACAUUCUGCUGCACUGGCUAGGUUGCAGUUCGUUUUAGAACAGUUUCAGAAGGAUAAAGAGAAAGAUAUCCACAAAGAAACUGAACGGAUACGUAGACGUAUUAAUAGUGAAAAGCAAGUCCAAGAAGAGUUGAGAAAGGAAAUUGAUUGCUUAAAGUCCCAAUUAGAUGAAAGCAAACAAGGUCUUUUAGCUGCUUCAAGAUUAUCUGACCAGUUGGAAAAUACUAAGAAGACCGUUACUUUGCUGAAAAAAGAAGUGUCUCAGCUCCAAGAGAAACUAUUGAAAAAGGAACAAGAACUAGAAAACAUUGCCCGUCAAACAGACGGCAAAGUAGACAAAAACCUGGUAAAAAACCUAGUGGUUGGAUUCAUAUCUUCAAACAAUAACUUGAACAAAGACCAAGCACAGAUACUGAAAAUUAUUGCUACAGUACUUGAUUUCAGUCAAGAAGACCACAAAAAGCUUGAUAUCAAGCAACAGCAAGGGUCGUGGUUAUCUUCCCUGCUGUCACCCCAUGCUGAUACUCACCAAAAGAUGUCCCAAGAGACGCUCUCACAGGCCUUUAUCAAAUUUUUGGAGACGGAAUCGAAACCCAGAGAAGUGCCUAGUCUGCUCAAUUCCGCAGAUGUUCCUAAACAAACUAGCAAUAAUAAUGGCACUCCCAGACAGUCUCCUUUGGUUUUGAACGAUGUUGUUUUGCCUACUUUCACGGAGUUUGCGCAAAAUAGGAAUUCGAGUUCGAUUUUAAAAAAUGUGUUGAAGGAUGGAAAUAAUUGAACAGUAUUUAUUUUGUUAUUACUUUUAACUUUUAUCAUUGUAUAUAUUGUAUAUGUAAUCACGUAUAUGCAGAGUUUAAAAAAUAAAGUUAUAUU